AUGGCUGCCCCCGCUCAGAAGUUCAAGGUCGCCGACAUCUCGUUGGCCGCCUUCGGUCGCCGCGAGAUCGAGCUCGCCGAGAUUGAGAUGCCCGGUCUCAUGGCCAUCCGCCGCAGAUACGCUGAGGACCAGCCCCUCGCCGGUGCCCGCAUCGCUGGUUGCUUGCACAUGACCAUCCAGACUGCCGUCCUCAUCGAGACCCUCGUUGCCCUCGGUGCUGAGGUCACCUGGUCCAGCUGCAACAUCUUCUCCACUCAGGACCACGCCGCCGCCGCCAUUGCCGCCGCCGGUGUCCCUGUCUUCGCCUGGAAGGGUGAGACCGAGGAGGAGUACAACUGGUGCUUGGAGCAGCAGCUCGUCUCCUUCAAGGAUGGCAAGAAGCUCAACCUCAUCCUCGACGACGGUGGUGACUUGACCUCCCUCGUCCACGAGAAGUACCCCGAGCAGCUCAAGGACUGCUACGGUCUGUCCGAGGAGACCACCACCGGUGUCCACCACCUGUACCGCAUGCUCAAGGAGGGCAAGCUCCUCGUCCCCGCCAUCAACGUCAACGACUCCGUCACCAAGUCCAAGUUCGACAACCUGUACGGCUGCCGCGAGUCCCUCGUCGACGGUAUCAAGCGUGCCACCGAUGUCAUGAUCGCCGGUAAGGUCGCCGUCGUCGCCGGUUUCGGUGAUGUCGGUAAGGGCUGUGCCGAUGCUCUCCGCAGCAUGGGUGCCCGCGUCAUCGUCACUGAGAUCGACCCCAUCAACGCCCUCCAGGCUGCCGUCCAGGGCUACCAGGUCACCACCAUGGAGGAGGCUGCUCCCCAGGGUCAGAUCUUCGUCACGACCACCGGCUGCCGUGACAUCCUUGUUGGCAAGCACUUCGAGGUUAUGCGCAACGACGCCAUUGUUUGCAACAUCGGUCACUUCGACAUUGAGAUCGACGUCGCCUGGUUGAAGGCCAAUGCCAAGUCCGUCCAGAACAUCAAGCCCCAGGUCGACCGCUACGAGAUGCCCAGCGGCAACCACAUCAUCCUCCUCGCCGAGGGCCGUCUCGUCAACCUGGGCUGUGCCACCGGCCACUCUUCCUUCGUCAUGUCCUGCUCUUUCUCCAACCAGGUCCUUGCCCAGAUCGCUCUCUUCAAGGCCGAGGACGUUGCCUUCGGCCAGAAGUACGUCGAGUUCGGCACCACCGGCCGCAAGCCCGUCGGCGUCUACGUCCUGCCCAAGGUUCUGGACGAGCAGGUCGCUCUCCUCCACUUGGAGCACGUCAACGGCAAGCUCUCCAAGCUCACCCCCGUCCAGGCCGAGUACCUUGGUCUGGAGGUCACCGGUCCCUUCAAGGCCGACCACUACCGCUACUAA